AUUUUCUCAUCGUCAUUUGGCACUGAAUAUCUUUGGCUGCACGAUCAGUAUCAGAAUGUCAAGGAUCCUUUUAUUCGUUGCGCUGCUUGUCGCAGUUGCAGUAGCAUUACCAGCACCGCAAUUUCAAGGUUCUCAUUCAGAUCUUCAAUGGAUAGUCAGAACAGCUGAGCCGGAGCCCGCUCGUCUUAAACGUACCGCGUACCGUGGAUAUGGCGGUGGUUACGGUCACGGAUACGGUCGCGGAUUCGGCGGAUAUGGCGGUUUUCGAGGUCAUCAUGGUCAUCAUCAUGGUUACGGAGGACACCGAGGAUACGGACAUCACGGUGGUUACGGAUGCAGAGGAGGAUGCGGAGGAUACGGUGGCGGAUUCGCCAAUAGCGCAGCCAAUGCAGGUUCAAUAAGCACGCCAUUCGGCAGCGGUUCCUUCGCGACUGCGUUUGCUAAUUCUGGGUAA